AUGCCUUGCUCCAUAACUAGCUCUGCGAAGAUAUCUCAAUUUUCAGCCUUCAAAGUGUUCGAUAAAAUGCCAGGCCUAACACUCGGAGACAAACUGCCGAAUCUUGAAGUUGAAACCACUCAGGGAAAGAUCAAACUCCAUGACUAUGUUGGUGACAGCUAUACCAUUAUCUUUUCUCACCCAGGUGAUUUCACGCCUGUUUGCACCACGGAACUCGGCAUGAUGGCUGCCUAUGCCGACAAGUUUGCUGAGCGAGGAGUUAAGCUUUUAGGCCUGUCUUGUGAUGAUGUUAACUCUCACAAUGAGUGGAUCAAGGAUAUCGAAGUCUUUAAUAAUGGGCACAAGGUGACUUACCCAAUUGCCGCGGAUCCCAAAAGGGAGAUCAUCAAGAAACUUAACAUGGUGGACCCCGAAGACACGCAGUCCCCAUCUCGUGCUCUUCACGUAGUCGGCCCCGACAAGAAGAUCAAGCUGAGCUUUUUGUACCCUGCGAGCACUGGCCGGAACAUGGAUGAAGUAGUGAGGGUGCUGGAUUCGCUGAUGAAGGCAUCUAAGCACAAUAUUGCGACGCCUGCAAACUGGAAUCCUGGAGAGCCCGUGGUAAUUGCGCCGAGUGUGUCGAACGAAGAGGCUAAAAAGAUGUUCCCACAGGGUUUCGACACUGCUGAUCUUCCUUCGGGGAAGGAUUACCUGCGAUUCACAAAUGUCUGA